CCGGACGAACUUUUUUGUGGGCUGGCGGCUUUUUCAUAACAAGAACUCCGUCAAACCACCACAUCCUCGCGUUGACAAAAGAUAAAAGGAACGUUUCCUUCGACUAACGACCAACCCACAACAACUUCAAAAUGGGCCGCCUCCACAGUAAAGGAAAGGGUAUCUCCGCCUCCGCAAUCCCUUAUUCGCGCAACCCUCCCUCAUGGCUCAAGACCACUCCCGACCAGGUCGUUGACCAGAUGUGCAAGCUGGCAAAGAAGGGUAUCACCCCCUCUCAGAUCGGUGUUAUCCUGAGAGAUAGCCAUGGAAUUGCGCAGGUCAAGGUUGUUACUGGUAACAAGAUCCUCCGGAUCCUCAAGGCGAACGGCCUCGCCCCCGAAAUCCCUGAGGACCUCUACAUGUUGAUUAAGAAGGCCGUCGCCGUCCGCAAGCAUCUUGAGCGCAACCGCAAGGACAAGGACAGCAAGUUCCGCCUCAUUCUCAUCGAGUCGCGUAUCCACCGCUUGUCCCGCUACUACAAGUCUGUCGGUGUCCUCCCACCCACCUGGAGAUACGAGAGUGCCACCGCCAGCACUCUCGUCUCAUAAGCGAAAAAAAAAGAGAUCCAAAAAACUACGAGAUGUAAAAUAUUUGGUCAUGAUAUUCGAGAGAAAAUGUCAGGUUCAACGGAAUUAGAUACCUAGGUCGGAUCUUGACAGGCGACGGAAUGGGUUCGUUUGACUAUGUUCGGUAAUUACGAGAAAACAUUUAGAUGAAGUGACGUUUCCUGCCUUAAAUGGACAGGAGCCUCAAUAUUCGCAGAUGUUUUUCUUUCUACGUUCAGCCUUCGUGUAGCUGCACAAGUGUGUAUAUACUAUUCAUGUGCAUGAACCUUUUAACAAGCACACUCGAAAUUCAUUGAUACAGGUAUUUCUCAUAUUUUUAUACCAUCCGACUUUGUGUGUUGCGUAUUCACCAGUUAAGCCGGAUUUCGAGUCGUGAGUAAGCAAGUACUCGAAGAACUAGACGUACUAUCUCAGACAUACUGGAAUAGUUUCAUCACUAGAAUAAAAAUUAUCAAUAAUGGCGCGUAGAAGAAGCGAGAAAAUCACAGGAACAGCAAACCAGAUGUGGGAAGAGAUCAAGAAGGAUAUGUGCAAACUAUAUCCGAACAGUCUAUAUACGGGUAUAUUUAUGAAGAAAUGCAGCAUCACGAUGUCAUCCAACACUAAACAACAACUCUAACAAAAUUUAAAUCACGGGAGUUUCAACCCUAACCUCCCUCGCAACAGCAUUGCACAGCUCAACCCUCACUCCAGCACCAGUAAGCACAUGAAUCCACAACCGCUGGGUAUCACUUAGCCGAUCAUUCUCAGACUUCACCUCCACAAACAUAACCUCCUUCCUCUCUACGCUCCAAAGGAAUAAAUCUGGAAUGCCUCCGCCCCGUUGCUGAUAUUCCUGCGCCAUGACUUUGCACACAGUAGCUAGGGCCUCACCACGGAAACACUGUGCAAUCUCAACUAGGUCGGAGAGGUUGAACGACCAGUCGAUGCCGAUGGCGCAUGUUUCUUUCUCCGCUUCGCGGUCAUGCACUUCACGGAUAAGCUUUUCAGCAUCACCGUUGGCUAUCUGGGCAAGCCUGUGAUUUAUUUCUGAAGCGCGGGUCGGAUAGAAAGAGUCUGUGUGUAGGUCUAAGGGGCAGGUCUGGAAAGGUGUUUGGAAGACGUUGGGGACGUAUGUGAAGAGCACAUCAUAGAAGAGAUACCCGAACUAUAGGCGGGGGGAAGUGUGUUCGAACGAUGCCACUCUCGCAGUGGAAACCCUUCCAUCCGUUGUCUCUAUACCAGCUUAGGCACAUGCUUUCGACUCUACACUCGCCUCCACCUUCUCGUUCAUCCACCCAAACCGUAGGUCUACCUCUUCGAGAUAUGGAACUUAUAUUGUUCUUAGAACCAGGUUUGAUUGGGAUAUCCUUUUCAAUCCGAAUCCCUUCCACGAUACGUUCUUCUGGUUUAACCAACAUCACAUGUCCAAAAUCGUGUUGCUCGCGCUUUGUGACCUUUAGCGACUUCUCCAACUUUGUAAUUCGUUUUUGUAAAUCAUAGUGGUAUAUCAAAUGACAGUCGGGAUCUUCAAGGCCUCCUUCGCAUGUACGGAGAGCUUUUCGUUUCCACUCCCGUCUCUGCAUCUCUUCUGAGCGGUUCUCAGAAGGGGUCAAAGACCACAUAUAAUGUUCUUCAAGCAGAGCUUUGCGCUGGUACCACGCUCCUCGACGAGAAGAGUGGAACAAACGCUGGUCAAGAAGUUCUGUGAGUAACUCAUGCUCUCGUUUAUAUUCCUUGAAACGGCCCAAGGCAUA